CACACAGACAGAGACACACAGCAAGAAUGAAUCGCUCCACUGUAAACUGCUUAAAAUCCUUGGUGGUCUUCCUCCACUUCCUGUGCUGGCUGUGUGGUGCGUUCGUGGUGGCCUUCGGCAUAUUCCAGGGCAUGCACUCCAAGUUCGGAUCUCUGGUCACCACCUUCUGGCCCAUCUUCCCCGCCAACACCCUGGUGGUGACCGGGACCAUCGUCACCUGCGUGUGCUACCUGGGGGUCCUGGGAGGGAUGAAGGAGAACCGCUGCAUGCUCAUCUCUUUCUUCCUGCUGCUCUUCAUCCUGAUGCUGGUGGAGCUGGCCAUGGCUGUGAUCUUCCUGGUCUUCAGCAGGAAGAUCGACACCUACUUUGAGCAGGACCUGAUGCAGAGCCUGGAGACCUACCGGCAGUCGAGCUCGACCGGAAACCUGACCCUCAAGGCGGACUUGGACGCCGUCCAGCACCUGUUCAAGUGCUGUGGAGUCCACAGUGAGCAGGACUGGCAGGGCGACGUUCCCAUCUCCUGUUGUAUUGAGGAUCCAUGUAACGUGGCCUCCUUCUCCUUCUGGCCGGAUGGUUGUCUCCUCAAGUUAAAGGACUGGUUCUCCAGGAACUACCUCAGUACUGGGGCCGGUGUCAUCACCAUGUUCAUCAUCCAGUUCAUCUGCCUGUCCGUCACCAUCCCGCUCUUCUGCCACUUCAGCAGACGCCGACUCGGCUACAAGUGAAUGGUGCAGCGGCAAAUGGAGCUGUGUCUGAUGAUAGUGACAGACGGCAUCUAGUGUAAACAGCUUGAUCAUUAUGGAUAUUUAAAGCAAAAAUGAAGAAGGCCAAAAAUGAACUCCAAACAAGUGUAGUGUUAAAUUGCUGCCACUAGAUGUCAGCAUUGUGGUGUUCUGGGGUCAGAAGCUUCUCUGCUGUGACACUGAGACUCAGGUGUCACAGGUUUCUCUCCUCUUUCUACAGCCUCAGGUGCGGGGCCCUGGAAGUGACAGGCAUGUGUUUAGUUUUUUUGAAGGUGACAUGCAUGACUUUAUUUUUUUUAUCCCCAGAUACAAAUGAUCUGGAGAUAACUGUUAUCUCGGGAGAAAAAAAAAUGAAGUCAUGCAUGCCACAUGUGUGGUAUUAUUUUGAGUAGAAGGCACUUGAUCAGAGUGUGAAAAGCACACAGACUCGCAGUGACUGACAACGUUGACAGACAGUUACGAAGCCAUGGGAGACACAGUGGCAACAGGAAGUCAUCGUUUCUUGAGACAAGAAUUAUCUGGAGAUAAAAAUGAUCUGGAGAUAAUUGUUAUCUCGGGCUAAAAAAAAAUAAAGUCACGCAUGUCACCUCCAAAAAACAAUAAACACAUGCAUGUCACUUCCAGGGCUCUGUACACAGGUGUUGACAAACCUUUUUAUUUUAAUUUAUUAAAGAAAAAAUCUGUUCUAGAUCAUUUGUUUUUGACAACCACUUUUGAAACCUGACGCCCAGUGUUGGACAGAAUAGUUCUGACUGAUGGCUGCAGCGUGGCCGACCAGGACGAAGGAGUUGAGCAGCAGAUGGUUGGUUUUGGAGGUGGACUGGAGGUGGCAGACCCGGUCUGUGCACCCGUUGCCAGUUCUGCCCUGCGCCCGACUUUGACUCACGAAUAACACACACAAAACACAAACAAAAUUCUAGGUUGAAAUAACCAAAAAACACAACAUUACUGGGCAAUUUUCAGCAUAUUUUUCGGAGCAUAUUUUAAGUAUCCUUUUUUAUUCCUUGGCCUCAGGUUUGUAUCAUGGUAACUAGAACUCCUUCUGUAUCCUCGGUGUUAAAUUUGGGUCACCGACUGUGGUGUUUCCACAAAUGAAAUAUGCAUCAGUUCGCUAAA